AGCUGGUGAAUGUGCAGCUGCGGGGACAUCUUGGUUCUGUGACAGAAAAGAUUCCGUGAAGUGCAAUUAAUUUGGGCUAAAAAGCACAAUGGUGGGGAGUUUGUAGCGCCGGUAUGGUGCGUUAUGGCUUUGGGCUUGGGGGCGCAAUCCAUAUUGGAACUUCAGGUGCCGUGGGACUCAAUUGGUGGAGCCAAGAAGCGAGAGAAGCGGGAGCAGCCCUCGUAUGUCGCGGUUAAGGAUGGACGGCUGGAGUCCAAUCGCUGCCGCGGAGAACGAGCAGUCCAGCUCGGAAGGGGAGUACAUAGCCGAACCUGGGCCCGAGCCUGACUCCCGGCAGGCCGGAGAGAUGAUGGAGGACGGGGCCACUGCUGUCGGGAUCGGAGAGGGCAAACUGUUUCUGGGUCGGCACCGGGAGGAUAAAGAGCUGCGGUACCUGCACCUGCUGUGGGAACCAGGGCGAGUUGAUGCUGGUGCCGGCGGUGUAGCCAGUAAACUGGGCAAGGUGUCAGGAAGCAGGGCGCGGCGACACCACCGAGCUGCUCGGAACCUCGGUCCAAUAGGGAAGGACGUCUAUGCUGUCAGACGACUCCGAGAGGCGGCGAACAGCAACGACAUAGACACAGUGAGGAAGCUGCUGCAGGACGACAUCGACCCGUGUGCAGCGGACGACAAAGGAAGAACCGCUCUUCACUUCUCCUCCUGCAACGGCAAUGAGAGCAUUGUGCAGUUGCUGCUGAGCUACGGUGCUGACCCGAACCAGAGGGACAGUCUGGGUAACACCCCCCUCCACCUGGCCGCCUGCACCAACCACGUGCCUGUGAUCACCACGCUGCUGCGAGGAGGUUCCCGUGUGGAUGCUCUUGACCGAGCUGGGAGAACGCCGCUGCAUCUGGCACGUUCCAAGCUGAAUAUUCUGCAGGAGGGAAAUUCACGCAGCUUAGAGACACUCAGAGGAGAAGUCACUCAGAUUAUCCAAAUGUUAAGGGAAUAUCUGAACCAAAUGGGCCAGAGUGAAGCAAAGGAGCGACUGGAGCACAUUUCCACACAGCUGCAGCGAACACGCACCAAAGAACAGGUGGACGAGGUGACGGACCUGCUGGCCAGCUUCACAUCACUCAGUCUGCAGAAACAGAACUUGGAGGACAGGUAGAAUGAGGUCCCGCUGAUCCGCCUGUUUGCUUUCUUCACUCCUACAUUUGCAGGUAUAUCUUAAAUCUGUGGCUCUGAAGUUUGUCACUUUUGGCACAAACUUCCGGAAUGUUGCGAGCGCUGCAGCCUCACAGCAAGAUGGCGCUCAAAUCAGCUCUGAUUUGCUUUGCCUAUGUCGGUAUAUUUAAAUAAACACAAACCCGGGUGUCGCUGUGAAAGUUUUGGGAAAUUCUAUGGAGCUGCAGCAACACACCUUCACAUCUUCACUCAGACGUUAUAUUAUGUACAUUCGAUAACAAACCGAAACAAUCCAUGUGACUUUGACUUGUGUGUUUUUGUUUUCUGCCUACAACUGUUCGCCAUCAUGACCUGCGAACUUUAAAAAGAAAAAGUCAGUUUUUAUACCAGAGCGCUGCCUGUCCACACCCUUGUACCAUGUCGACUGAAUUUUUUUAUCUCCACAAGCUGCAUGUUGCUGGACUUAAUCUGUAAAAUGGGUUUGACUGUUGA